AUGGAAUCGGAAUUUGUAGCUUUAGAUAAAGCUGGUGAAGAAGCCGAGUGGCUAAGAAAUUUUUUGGAAGAUAUUCCUAUAUGGCCUAAGCCUGUGACGGCUGUUUGUAUACAUUGUGAUUGUAUGGCUGCUCAAGCAAGAGCCAAAAAUAAUGUAUACAAUGGAAAGUCUAGACAUAUUAGACGAAGGCAUAAUACAAUCAAGCAGUUGCUCUCAAAUGGAAUAAUUUCUAUUGACUACAUAAAGUCAAGACAAAACCUUGCGGAUCCGUUUACAAAAGGCUUGUCAAGAGAGCAAAUCAAAGUAACAUCGAGGGGAAUGGGAUUGAAGCCAAUUCAAUAA